GAGGAAGCGGGUCCGUUGGUCGGCCGGGAACGAGGCUCCGGCGGCCGGGCCCGCGCCGAGCCGUUGCCAUGGCAGCCGCCGCCGGGGGCGCGGACGACGAGUCGCGCUCGGGCCGCUCGAGCUCCGAGGGCGAGUGCGCGGUGGCGCCGGAGCCGCUGACGGGCGCCGAGGGCCUCUUCUCCUUCGCCGACUUCGGGUCUGCGCUGGGCAGCGGCGCGGGCCUCCCGGGCCGGGCGUCCGGCGGGGCCCAGUCCCCGCUGCGCUACCUCCACGUCCUGUGGCAGCAGGACGCCGAGCCCCGCGACGAGCUGCGCUGCAAGGUCCCCGCCGGCCGGCUGAGGCGCGCCGCCAGGCCCCACCGCCGGCUCGGGCCCACCGGCAAGGAGGUGCACGCUCUGAAGAGGCUAAGGGACUCUGCCAACGCCAACGACGUGGAAACAGUGCAGCAGCUGCUGGAAGACGGCGCAGACCCCUGUGCUGCGGAUGACAAGGGCCGCACAGCCCUCCACUUCGCCUCCUGCAAUGGCAACGGCCAGAUCGUGCAGCUGCUCCUGGACCACGGGGCCGACCCCAACCAGCGAGAUGGGCUGGGGAACACGCCACUGCAUCUGGCGGCCUGCACCAACCACGUGCCUGUCAUCACCACAUUGCUACGAGGAGGGGCCCGUGUAGAUGCCCUGGACAGAGCUGGCCGCACACCCCUGCACCUGGCCAAGUCAAAGCUGAACAUCCUGCAGGAGGGCCACUCCCAGUGCCUGGAGGCCGUGCGGCUGGAGGUGAAACAGAUCAUCCAGAUGCUGAGAGAGUACCUGGAGCGCCUGGGGCGGCACGAGCAGCGGGAGCGGCUGGACGACCUCUGUACGCGCCUCCAGAUGACAAGCACCAGGGAGCAGGUGGAUGAGGUCACCGACCUCCUGGCCAGCUUCACCUCCCUCAGCUUGCAGAUGCAGGACAUGGAGAAGAGGUAGCAAGAGCAGCUCCCUGCCUUCCCGCCCCGCCGCUGCCCUACCCCGACCCUGGUGCUCAUUACAAAGAAAAAGCCCGCUGCCUGGGACUUUGGAGCCCCACUUGCCUGGUGAGGACCUCGCCCUCACCCCUAGAUGCCGAGGGCAGAGACUCUCUCUAGCUGGCUUCAGCGCCGCCCCCAGCCCCGGCAUCCAUCAUCUCAGAGGGCAGGGCCACAGCCCCUGCUCUUUCUCUGCUCCCGCGGCACUGCAGCCGCACUGCAGCUCCGGCCAGCACCACUGCCCCACGGGCCUUGGUUGUCCUGUCACCUGUUUGGCGUCCGCAGCAGGCCCAGAUCCUCUCAGUGUCCCUUCCUGGCUUGUUGCAAGCAGCAUGAUGUGGCUAAGAGCAGGCCUCUGCCCUGGCCUGAGGGUCUGCCCUGGAGCCCAUCGGCUGUACCUCACCAGCGCUUAGAUUUAGACUUGUCGCUGACUUGCAAAGAGACACUGCAGUUUCUCUGGGUGGAAAGGGGCGGGUGGUGAGGCCUGGGCCUCAGAAACACGAGUUUGGGAAGGACUCUGCUGAGCCCGGCAGACAACACCGACCCUUGAAACACCAGGAGGGCACAGUACUUCCGCAUCUUAGUUGUGACGGGCUGGAGAGUGGCCCCCCCAAGAUAUCCAUGUCCACGAUCCAUGCCCAGUGUCCCAGAACCUGUGAAUGUUACCUGUGUGGCAAAAGGAACUUUGCAAAGGCAGUUAAAUUAAGGCUUUUAGACGAGGAGCUUUUCCUAGUCUCCCAGGCAGCCAGAGGUGAUCACAGGGGCCUUCUGAGAGGAAAGCAGGAGACCAGAGAGGACUGACCACAUGGUGAAGGAAGGGGUCACAGGCCGAGGCAGGCAAGUGGCCUCCAGAAGCUCGAAAAGGCAAGGAAAUGGAUUCUUUUCUCAGAACUUCCAGAAGGAAUCAGUCCUGCUAAUUACCUUUACUUUAGCCCGGUGAGACUGAUUCUAGAAUCCUGACCACCUGAACUGGAAGAGAAUAAACGUGUUGUUUUAAGCUGCUGGGUUUCUGUUUG